AUGCGGCCGCGCGAUGAGAGCGUACUCGGGAAGCUGCUGGGGCACAUGGCGCGCAGCGAGGACGACGGCGACGACGACGAUGACGUCGCGCUGCUGGAAGAUGCACAGUCGGUGGCGGCGGUCCGCCCGUCGACGCCCCGCCUGCCGUACCUCGCCUGGGACGGCGACGCUGUGCGCCCGAGCAUCGCCCGUCCAGCGGCCGCGCCAAGCAUGAGCCCGCGGCCGCAGCGCGAGGCAAUUCUCGUGACUGAAUUCGCCUUUCUCCACGCGUCCUUUGCACCGCCAUUCCCGCUCGACCCGGCGGCGGCUGCAGCCGAGCCAGCUCCGUCCGCCGCCGGUACGAGCUCCAGCGAGGCGUCGUCCUUGCCGCGCACCUUGUCGUUUGGCGGCCAAGAGCUUCGUCGCAGCGUGCGCCAGCUCGUGCGCGAGAUUCAGACCGACACGAUUGGACCAAGCCCUACGACGACGGCAACGCCAGCCGACGACGAGGAGGAAAAGACGAGCGAGCGCGAGCUGCACAUCACAUCCAGCGUCCGCAAUCUCGUGCUCAACCUGCGCCGCGACUGCGAGCGACACUCGCUGCAGCCAACGACCGUCGACAGCAGUGUCCUAGCUCGGCACGUCAGCCGACGCCGCGGCUACUCGAGUCCCGUCGAGUAUCAUCAUAGGGGCCGGUCCACGACCGUGACGGCCUCGGCCCCGCACAAGGUCGACUUCUUGCCGCGUUUGGUGUCGAACGUCACGACGUCGCUGCGACGACUGAGUCUCUUGAAGGCCACGGCGCGGGCGCCAGCGAUCCAAGCCGACGCGAUCGACGGCGCGCGCUGGAAGAUCGUCGAGCUCGCCUUUCGCUUUGGCGGCCCCCACCGGUACUACCUCGUGCAGGCCGUCAAUAUGUUUUACCCGCUGCAAAAGUUUGGGCGGCGCGGGUACCCGCACCCGACGCGACUGCUCUGCCACCAGUAUGGCACGCUGCAGUGGGAGCACAAGCGCGGGGGGUACUCUGCGCCCGUGGACCUCGCGCUUGUCGAGCUUCUCGUCGACGGUCGGACGACCCCGGUCUUUCAAAAGCAAAAGCGCGUCUCGAAACGCAACGAAGCGUGCUCGCUGAGCAUCGUGUUCACCGACCGGACGCUGGACCUCGAGACGAGCAGCGAAGACCACCGGGAUUGGCUCAGCAGCGCCCUCCGCACGCUUGUGAACUAUGCCAAGAAGCAGCGCCGUGCCGAGCGCAUUGUCGUCAUGGAAGAAGACACCAAGCACCAAGCGAGAGCGUUUUCGAUCCUUUAA